UUCGGCAACCGCGCGUAUCCUUUAACAAUCCCCGCGUUGACGCGUUCAAAGUCCGUGAGUGCGCCUCCAACGUCCAAUCACAGUGUUGUUUUUAUCAGUGCUGGAAGCCCUAGUGUCCGAUGCGAAAAAUCAGCAGCAACCUCUUUCUGUGUGACCUGUCCAACCAACCGAGAUGCUGAUCACCUGACUCCCAGCCGCAGCCAUGGCCCCAGCGCUUCGCGACCUAAUCCUCUUCUGCUCAGCCCUCCUUCAAGCUUCGCUAGCCGACCCCUCCCCUGAUCCGAGGCCCCCCUUGUCCUCUCGAACGGUCAGGACGAAGUACGGUGACGUGAGUGGUGUUAUAAUGACCUUGGAUGCCAAGCACCUGGAGCCUGUCGAGGUGUUCCGCGGUAUUCCCUACGCUAGUCCGCCCUUGGGCAGUCUGAGGUUCAUGCCUCCAGUGACGGGGGCUCUUUGGCACGGUGUCAAGGUCGCGGACAAGUUCAGCCCGGUUUGCCCACAGAGGCUGCCCGAUAUCUCGAAUGAGACGGCUGCGCUGAGGAGGAUGCCCCGGGGCAGACUGGAGUAUUUGAAGAGGCUGCUGCCUUACUUGAGGGAGCAGAGUGAGGAUUGCUUGUAUUUGAACAUCUACGCUCCAGUGCAAGAUCUGUUCGUAGAAAAACUGAACGUCACAGUUGAUUUCCCUUUAGAAAAACUGGAUAUGAGCUAUUACGCAGCCGAUGGAAGUGUGCCGUUCCACUACGAUCUAUAUGCUAUUUCGAAACAUAGCGGUACCAUCAACAGUGGUCACUAUAUGGCCUACUGCAAACAUCUGUACCCGAACAUCUGGCACGAAUUUAACGAUUGUCGUGUUUCUUCAAUUUCAUCAGAUUCGAUCAUCACCACCACUUCCACAAGCAAUGGCUGCUCUUCGAGCACCAAACCAGAUCAAUUCGCAAAUACCACCCAGUCGCAAGACAACACCAAGAUUAUCCUUGAUGAUUCCAGAAAAAAUUUUGUUUCGGAUCUAGGUAUCAACCAACCUAGUUUGGAAGAUGGUCAUGAGAAUAAAAUAGCCAAAAAUGUUAAGUCAGGUUUUCGAAGUAAGUAUAGCUGUGAAACAGCAUUCCAAUGUGCUGUGGAUGGCUGGAAAAAAAAGUUCAGGAGCAAAUCAAAUGCCAGAUUGUACUUCUUGACCUUCGAAGGGCUUCUGGAUCUGUGGAUCGAGGAAGAAGAAUGCAAGACAAACAGACAGUUCAAUGAAAAACAAGUCGAAGAAAGACCUGCUAUUCUCCUAACCAAAACUCCUGAGAGGUGCAAUAGAAGUAAGUAA